UGUUGGGUCAGUCCUUAGUCAGCCACCAGAGUCAGCGGAAUAAUCGCUAAUUUUAAAGCUCGUCAUUGUCACAGCCGUAUCUGGGAUCAGUGCAUCCGUACAAAAUGAGUAAAUACUUGGUGUUGUUGCUCAUAACUAUCGGUGCUGUCACUGCUCAGCAGAAGGUCUCGGUGAAGAUUUACUAUGAGUCACUAUGCGAGGACAGCAUGGCUUUCUUCACAAAAUCAUUUGUACCAGCAUGGCGAGAUGAAGACGUACAACGUUACAUUAACCUGUCGUUGAUCCCAUAUGGAAAAAGUAUCCCAAAGUCGUCCGACCCGAAUAACAGGUGGGAUUGCCAUCACGGAAGAGAAGAGUGUGUCGGCAAUAAGUUUCAGUCAUGCAUUAUCGACAAGUCCUCGGGACUAACAGUUAAAAACCAAGUCGAUUUUAUAGACUGUCUCAUGAGUAAAGCUGACAAGAGCUCAGCUUACAUGACGACUGCAGAUAUCUGUGCAUCGACAGUACAUACCAGCACUGCGACGUUGAAUAAUUUGAAAGGAUGCGCUGAGGGUCAACAAGGAAAUUCGAUAUAUGAAAUGAAUCAGAACAAAACAAAUGCACUACAAAACCCUCUGCAGUCCGUCCCAACGAUCGUCUUUAACGACAGAUAUAACAAAGCAGAUUCUGACACUGCACAGAAAUCAUUCCUUACUGUCUUGUGCAAGUACAUUAUGGAUUCUCCGAAGCCAAAGGCCUGCGACUCCGUAAGCGGAGCUCCGAGCACAACUGCAGGACUCAUGAGCCUCGUAACUGCAGGUCUUAUUUACCGUAUGCUGUAAUGAGCUGCCUCAGCUAUAUGCGUUCAGCGAUACCAUAUCUUUCAUAUACCUAUAAAUAGUAUUAGAAUACUAUAAGUAAGAAGAAGAAUUUUUUAAUAUAUUUAAUACGUUUAUUAAAAUUCUAUUACCGAAAAAUCAAUUCUUGUAUUGUAUACUCGUAUUUUGGAUAAAGAAAAUUGAAAAUCUUGUUUAUAAAAA